CAAAAUAUUUGAUUUCUAUUUCGAGAAAAAAUACGUUAAAAGUUCAUUUUGAGUCAGUAACAUUCCUCAUCCUAUCUUUUUCUUAAAUUUAAAUCUACCUAGUGUAUAAAUUCCAAUCGUCAUGUCAGAGAAGGAACCGCAAGAAAAGCCCCCUGAAAUAGUAUCAGAUUCGGAGCGAGAUUUGGCUCAAAACGCCACAGCAGAAUUCAAAAAGAAAAACUACUCUUUGUGCCUUCAAAGCAUCAACAAACUUGAAACUGUCCGACCGAACGAUUUUAAAGUUGUUCAUAAUAAGGCAGUGGCUCAAUAUUUGGAGAGCGAUUUAAAAAAGACUGAUGAGUUUGAGAAAAAUUUGCGAGAUAUAUGCAAUAAGUUUGAUAUAAAAGAUGAUAAGUUGGAAGAAAUUGACUAUGGAAUAGCACAAUUCAACCAUGCUGUGGUUUUAUUUCAUCAGAAACAGUACACUAAUUCGCAAAAUAUAAUGGAUAUGGUUUAUAAAUAUAUCGAACCAAUGGAGGAAAGUUUAGUCAAACAAGUGAGCCUGUUGGCCAUCGAACUGCAGCUGUGCUUUAGACGACCAGAAAGAGCGCUGCAACUAAUCGGUUACCUCGAAAAUAAUUUAAUGUAUGGCGGUAGUAUAUCAUUGAAAAAACUUGAUGAAAAAGAGAAAAAGUUGCCUUCACCAAAACCCAAAUCGAUUUCUGAAGAUUUUCAAAAAAAACUGUCCCAGUAUAAAGUUAGAUGCCAUUUACUGAACCGCUCUUUAACUGCUGCCUCUAAGAUGCUUUCAGAUAUUUUUAUAGAUAAAACAAAUCUUGAACUAGUAUUUCUGGCAGCCAACUUGGAGUACCUUAAGGGCAAUUUGAAUGAAUCAUUUAAAAUUUUAUUAUCAAUACCAGAAGACAGUUUGGAUAAUUACCGUGAAUAUGGAGAAUCUUUCAAAGUAAUGUUGAACAAUAAUAUGGGAAUUCUGCACCAUGCCCUGGGCAAGCAUCAUUUGGCUUGUUUCUACUUUCAGACGGCCCUUAAAGAGGACAUAAGAAUAUACAAAGCUAUGAAAAGGCAAGGAAGAAAUGACAAUCUCCUAUAUACAUUAGGAGGCUCAAAAUAUCACGAAAUUAUGUACAAUUUAGGUAUCUCUCUGUUGUAUGCAGGCAAAGCAGAAACAGCUUUCGAUUGUAUGAUUGUCUGCCUCAGGCGCUAUCAUAGAAAUUCACGAUUGUGGCUCAGGAUUGCCGAAUGUUGUAUUGCAGUGCACAAAAAGAGCAACGAAGAGGAUUUUGAUUUCCAAAAGAAACAGAAUGAACUUAUUUCGGAAGUGAUUGGGAACGGAGACUUGCGAAAAAUCAUUCUGACUAGUAAUUUGUCUAAAGACAAAAAGUAUAAUACCGAAAGUCAAUCUUCCGCCAUACCAGUGCCGUCUCUGGAAUUUGCUGUUCUCUGUUUGCGUAACGCCUUUUUGUUGAUUCCGGACGUCGACGCUGGUGACACUCUCGAGGAGCCGCUGUUUGUAAUCCCAGGCACGACGCCAGCGCCGCCCCCGAGUCACAGUUUGUCGCCGUCCAGUCCUCCCGGUUCCCACGGGAUACAGACACUCAAAAACAGUAUUCUAGUGGCCUCAGCUUAUGUAUAUUUGUGUUUGGGUGACUACAUAACAGCCCUGAGAUAUUCCAAGGAAUUAUUGGCUCAGCAAAAAGUGUGCGGUGCUCAUAAACUUUUAGCCCACUUAUACGCCGCAGAAUGUUUGAUAUCGUCAGACAACUUCACGGAGGCCAUGGAGCAUCUAGAUCCGACAAAAGUUGAAUAUUUAUCAUUCAAUAUUCCACCAUCUUCAGCGGCGGAUUUGAAAACGAAUCCUCCGCCGAAAUGGUUCCCAAACAACGUCGAAAACGCUCACGUAAUAUUGCGAUACAACUUGGCGGUCGCCAAAGCGAUUCGCGGACAAUUGGUUCAAGCGGGCGAAUUGCUGAAACAAAUCUGGCAACAGCGUACGGCCACGUGUCAGGUGCCUGCUCACAUUAUAAUGCUGGUUAUCUACAUUGAGCUGAAACUGGGGCACGCUGAAAUUGCAAAAAAUCUUUUGAGACAACACUCUUCCCGGCAUCUAGUAUCCAGAUAAGGAAUUCAAAAAUUUGUUUUUGUUUUGUAUGAAAUAUUAUUAUUUUUCUAUUACAUCAUAUUACUUUUUUUGUACUAUGUAUUUAUUGACUUCUAGUUUGUUUGACAAGAAUUUGUAUUUAUUUUUUUAGAAACAUAAUAACCUGUUUAUACAUUUUGUAAUAAAAUUUAAUGACUAACAAAUGUGUAAAUAAUUUUUUUGUUCCCUUAAUUGAAAUCAUUGAUGUCCUUUAACAUUUUUAUAUUCCUAGUUACUUCCCAUUUCACAAAAGUGGAAAAUAGGACGAUUUUACAUAAAAAACAAAUUUUCUCCAUCACCCAGUAAAACCUUUAUCUUGACGAUGAAACCUACAAAAGUGACGGUAAACAUUUAAGUCCAGCAAUCGGCUAUGAUUGGUAAGAAAAUAUUAAGGUACACUUUCAGUAGUAUUGUGUUGUAUUAAAUCUAAAUUGAAUCGAAAAUAUAACUUACCAUUUUUGCAUUAAUAAUAAAUAAAUAAAUUAAGCAGCUUCUGGGUGCUGCUGUUGCUGAUAUGUCAACGCCCAAUAGUAACCUUUCAACUUCUGAAGCUGCUCAUGGGUUCCCAUCUGAAAAUAAUUAUAAAUAUAGCAACCUCGCCUAUGUAAUAUAAGACAAUUCAUUUACUUCAACUAUCUUGCCUUGAUUCAGCACAAGAAUCAAGUCGGCAUUGCGUACAGUCGACAAUCUAUGGGCAAUCACAAUAACUGUCCGGCCUUUCCUCGCAUUGUCCAAAGCCGAUUGGACGAUUUUUUCCGACUCGGCGUCAAGGGCGCUGGUCGCCUCGUCCAGUAACAAAAUCUUGGGGUCUUUCAGCAGCGCCCUGGCGAUGGCAAUUCGUUGUUUUUGGCCGCCGGAUAAGGUGGCGCCACGUUCGCCCACCAUUGUUUCGUAUCCUCGAGGGAAGUUUGAAAUGAAUUCGUCAGCGUUUGCCAUUUGGGCUGCUUUUUUA